ACGGUCCUCGUCUCGCGAGCCGCGGACUCUCUAAAGGCGGGAUAUUUAAACUGUCUGUUAGUCAGCUGGUCAUAUUUAGAUACCUCUAUUUACGGACCUUGGUAACAUAGACACCGAACCCCUUUUUUGUUUAAUUUGACGGACUUGAAUUUGCUUUUCUGUAGCAGGUGGAUUAGAGCCAUUACUACAACUAGCUUCUAAUUCCAGUUAUUUCCUCCACAAUCAAUAUUUACGCGAUACAGACUAGUUAGUGCACCGCGACCAGGUGCCCCGUGAAGCUAGCUCACUAACCUACCUGGUUGUUAAACAGCUUAAUGAAUCCCAACGUGUGGAACGUCAAGGACAUCUUGAGCAUCCCGACUGCAAGCAGUCGGACCAGAAUCGCCAGCAGCAAUGCAGCCACCAGCGGCUACUCCAGUCUAUCUGAUUCCCAGUAUGGGUUUGGCUCCCAGUUCUGGCCAGAGAACUCCCAGGGCAUGUCCCAGGAGAUGAGCUUCACAUCAAGAAACUCUCAACAGAGCUCCCAAGAGGGGAAUGAGCAAAAGAUCUCAAGUAAUUACCACACUAAACCGUUCCUGUUCGGAGGCGAGGGGAAGGACAAGGGCAUUAAACCUCUAGGUUUACUGGAGAAGUUUGAAGAAGACAAGAAAAAAGCAAAAGAGAAAAAUGAAAGUGAUAUGUUGUUCAAGGUAUCCCUAAGUUUUCGAGAAAUGCUCAACAAUAUUCAACACUCCAUCUUUGGCACAGAAAAAGAUGUAGCAGUGUGCAAAACGAUUCUGGAGGGAUUCGACAAAUUUGCUGUGACAGUGCAGCAAAGUCAAUCGAGCCUCUGCGAUGGUGUUUCACAUCAUUUUGAGACCAUGCUAAAAGAACUGAUCUCUCAGAAACAGAUGCUAUCAAACAUUGAGGGCAAGUUAUUGGAGACUGGAUUAGCCACCAGGGAACUAGGCUCAUACGUGCAUGGCUUGGAGAAAGGUCUAGAAGCUCUGAAACAGGAUCAUGUAAGAGGACAUCAACAUCUGGAAGAGGCAGUGCAGCUGCUCAGCACCUUAGUCUCCAACCACUCAGCCAGAAAGAGCUGUGGUGGUGUAGCAGACAGUGCUAUUCAGACCUCACCCGGACUGGGGCAGCCAUCUCUCAAAGUGCAGCCGGACAGCCUGCCCGAGGGCACGGGGCCUCUGUGCUGCCAGCCUGAGAGCACUCAGCCGUCUGACGUGUCCUCGUGGAACCCCAGGUCCACCGCGGGGCCGAGGAAACCCCCUCGAAGAGCCCCCAGGAGGAGACCGCUGAGGAGACCGCUGGGGAUACCGAAGGGCAGGAAGAGGACCAUCUGGGACGAAAACAGCCAGCCUCCCGUCAACAGCAUUAAAGAAGAGACUUUAUCACCGCUCAAGAAGAUUUGCAAAGAGGCUGCCACAGCCCGCUGCCAAGGAGUUCCAGUUUUCCACCCUAAUGGAGGCGGUAGAUCUAAUAAAGGUCUAAAAGCUUUUGUAGCCCCGUUCAGCCCCUGUUCUGAGGACAGCAGCAGCUCUGUCUGUGUUGCAGGGAUUGAGAUCACCCUCAAACCAGCUGAGCCAGAAGGAGAAAUGCCUGAGAAAGGGAGAGGGCUCUGGCAGUUGUUUGAUAUGCAUUGUGAGUCAGACUUCAUUGUUUUAGAAGAGUGAUCGUGGCUGGAAAAGCAGCUGUUUUUCUGAUAUUAAAAAGAUGUUAGACUACAUUA